AUGAGAACCGCGGCGCCAGCUGAGGAAGAAGGGACGGAAGUUCGCGGCAGGGCUCCCGAACUGGGAAGAGCCGGUGACGUGACCCUGGUUUUGAAGAACAUCUCGAAAAAGAUGUCCCGCGACCAGGUUCUGAUGCUCUGUCAGGAUUUUAAGCACGACAUCGAUUACUGCCACAUGCCCAUGGAUACCAAAAGGCAGAAUGCUGGCUAUGUGUUCAUGAACUUCCGCACAUGCACAGCUGCAGAUGCCUUCAAAGACAAGUACAACGGCUCUUGCGCACGCAAAUGGUUCCCAAAGCGGGAUGCUUGGAGGAUGAGCGACAAAGGCCCGUCGUUGGUUGUCAUUCCUGCGAGCAUCCAGGGCCUGAAGGCGAACUUGCAGCAUGCUGAGCGCAAGAAGCUCCGACGUUCCAGCCUCGAAGGUUUUCUGCCAGUCAGCAGCAUCUCCUUGAUGGAUGCUCUCGGAGAAGCGAUCGAUGCCUUGAAGGAUUUGUCCAUCAAGCUCAAGUCAUGGCAAGUUUGCGAUUUGAGCAAUGAAGAGCAACACUCGGCAUCGACAGACGGUUCUGUCUCGCGGUAUGCCUUGAGCCAGUGUGCCACUGAUGCGAAGCAGCUGAAGGAGGAUCCUCACCGGGAAAAGGAGAAGGUCCUGGCUCAGCUGCGAUCCCUUCACCAAAGGGAUGACAUCAGUGAGCCUCCGUGCCAUCGUGAAGAUGAAGAGCGGCAGCCGAACCUCGCUUCUGGGUCUGGCCUGACUCUCUUGGAGAACCGCGACGGCGGCCAGAUCAAGCGGCGAAAGAAAGGCCGCAAUGGUUCUCACAAGAAGGGCCAGACCCAGAAGUGA